GUCGAUGAUGGCUCCUAUACCACCACAAUCUUGACGACCCGAACGAUGACGAUUACCUCGUGCGCUGCUAGCGUCACCAACUGCCCUGCUCGCGCCCAGACCACAUUCCUAAGUACUCAGACAUUGGUGGCUGGGACCACGGUCAUUCCGGCUAAGACAACCGUGGCUGUCGCAGCAACGGAUUCAAACCCUGCAAGCGCACCCAAUUCCGCAUCGCGCUAUACCCACAAUUCGGCGCCUGCAGCUGGUCAAGACAGUGUCGCGGGAAGUCGAGGAGGUGAUGGCCUGGCCAGCACAAUCAGCCACUACGAGGCAGCUGGCACGUCGUCCGUGGAUGACGUUGCUUCUAGCUCCAAGCCUGUAUCUGUCUCUACUGGAACUGGAGCAGUUAUCCCAGAAUUGACCUCUAGUUCGAGUGAUGGUUUGACUUUAGGCUUGAAUGUCGGCUCAGGUGUUGGAUCUAGCUCUGGUUCUGGUUCUGCAGCAGAUUAUCUACCAUCCGCGUCGAGCUCUAGCUCUGAGUCUUCAGCUGGGGUUGAUUUUAUCUCAGGCUCUAUCCUAGGCUCCACCUCAGAUUCAUGUGCAGACUCCUCCGCAGACUCCUCCACACUUCCCUCUGCAAGUUCAUCUGCAGGCCUCUCUGCAGGAUUCUCCGCUGGAACCUUUUCCGGCUCCCCUUCACCCUCCUCGGACUCUGUGCCCGGCUCUUCACUUGGUCUGUCCAGCUCCUCGUCCAGCCAAUCUUCUAGUCCCGUUUUCGAGGAUUUGUCCAAGCCUGCCUUCGACAAUGCCGCUAGCACAGGUUCUAGCCAUAGCUCCACCAUCGACUCUAUGAUUGCCCCUGCUUCCGACUCAAACCCUGCAUCCGGCUCUCCCUCCGGUUCCCGCCCCUACACUGCCUCAAACAAGGGCACCGGCACCACCGCGCCGAGCAACCCUGACUCCACCCUUGGCUCGGCCUCCAUGUCAAACACCUCCCAGUUCGCACCAGAUUCCUCCGCGUUUGGAUCCGAAUCAGGCGUCUCGACUAUUUCUAGCAAUGCGUCCAAUGGUGAUACCACGGCACAGAACGUACCCAAUCCAAUGGCACCUGCAAGCAUGAAGGGCAGUGAAACAACAUACACAUCUUCGGUUGCGGCUGCCUACGCUUCGACGCCGUCGAAAUCACCCGUCAGCACACCCGUAGCAUCGUCUUUCGCCACCGUUAAAGCUACGGCGUAUACCUCCGCAGCGCAAGGAUCGUCCAGUACCAUCAGCGCUGCUGGGACCAUGUUCACUGGCGCUGCCGCUAGCCAUCGCGAGCAUAUGCCUGUCUGUGGGUUAAUUGCUAUCAUUGUUGGUGCUUGGGUGCUAUGAUAGCUGUUCCGAUGGCUCGAUAUUUAUUCGCUCUCACGUAACAUGCUCCUAGGCUUCGUCCGGUGCUCAACCUCGGUCAGACUCACCUUUACGA